UGUUUAGUCCCAGGGUCCUUAGCUUAGUGAUGAGCUUUGAGGGCACUAUGCUGUUGAACGCUGAGCUGUAGUCAAUGAAUAGCAUUCUCACAUAGGUGUUCCUUUUGUCCAGGUGGGAAAGGGCAGUGUGGAGUUAUCACAGGUAAUGUUGGACAGGACAGGAGAUUAGCUAUCUCCCCAGUUGUACCACAGUCCAUAAUUUGAUAGAAUAUGUUGUUCAUCCCAUAACAUGGUUUACCAAGGAAAAAUGUCUAAUACAUGGUAAACAGGAGUUAAAGCACUGGGGGAAAAACAGGCAACGAUAUACAUUUUCUUACGCUCAUCGCUUGUGUUUGUAUGUGCAUGGUUCUCAGCUUUUUGGGAGAAGGACAGUGAGCCGACUGGUGUCAGCAGCUUCUACAAGCGGGAGCAUCAGUGUGCUCUAUCAGCUCCCAGGCUGGUGCUGCCCAAGCUGACCCCUCUGAUGGUCCAGGACAAAGGCUGACAGGGCAGUACUGCCCACUGUCCAGGAAACAGCUGGAAUGGCAGCUCAGCCUCAACGCUGGGGUUUAGGAGGUCCAGAGAGAGCAAGCCAGGAUCACACAGAUCAUUCACACUUUAUCUUUUAACUACUUUCUCUGAAAAGCUCUACAACGAUGCCCUAUCUUUCAAAACGUUUGGUUUCGGACCAUGGAAUGUUUGUUGAUUCUCCCUUGACCCACAGGAGGCUGGGCUUGAGAUCCAGCAGCUGUGUGAGGGACACUCCCGGUUGGUUGACAUCCAUCUGUUCACCAGCCAAUGGAAUCCAGCCUCUCUGGAGACCAAUAGGGGCAUGCCUGCCUUACACUACGAGGAGCACAUUCAGAAGGUGCGCUUCUGGACUGACAGGGUACGCACAGUGCCCUCUCUCACCACCUCAAAAAAGCUGCUCAUCGUCACCUGCUCCCACAUCCAGGAGAAGAUAGGUGUGGGUGAAACGCUGUGCGAAAAUGUCUAAUGACAUUCAAUAACAACUGAAGUACCUACACUCGCUCUACGAAACCGUUCGCACCAACUAGACAGAUGACCCCAGAUGAGCUGGUAUUGGAGGAACAGAUGCUGGACCUGUGGGACAUUUUUGUUCCUCUCCUGAAGCAGCGAGCAGAGACAGUGUGCCAGCAUCUUUCCUCCAUGGCUGACACCAUGGACAACACCUUCUCCUCCCUGGCCCACGACCUGGAUGAGACUAAAACCACCUCUGGACCAUAUCUGGACCCCACUCAGAAUGCUGCUCAGAUGCUCAACAAGCUCAAGACCAUGUGCAGACAGGUGUAUGCUGUCUCUGCUCGCCUUGACAGAGCUCAGCAGGACCAGUAACAGUCUCAGAGGAAACCCUCUGGAUUUUACUUUUGUAACCGAAGCCAGGCAGAAGAUGGAAGCUCACAAAGGACUGUGGGAGCUGAUGUUUCCACCGCCCAGAUCCAAGAGUGGAGGCUGCUGCUCAUCAGCAAGGUGUCUGUCUGGUUGCUCUAUUCUAAUAGCCUCUCUGUUGAUCAACAAGUUUGUUGUGUCGAGAGCCCAGGAGAAAGUGGAUGAGCGGCUGCAGCAGGCGGUAUCCCUUGCCAGGACCAUCCCUUCCCAAGAUGCUGUGCUGCAGGAGACCUUGCUUGAGCGUUUCAUCCAGCAGCUCCCUGUGCUGGCCAAACUCAGCAGCCCCACACUCAAACACAAACACUGGAAGAUCAUCUUCAAAGACUUAUCAGGCCUGCUGCAAAGUCUGGAGCAACGUGUUCUGGCUUUGGCCAACACCAGCGACCCCUUUGUGUUGGUUUUUAGUGCUGGUUUGGCAGGAGAGCUGGUGAAGGUUCACAGCCAAACCCUGAACACCCUGCUUCAAGACUCCAAGAAGCCCUUUGGCAGGGUCAGGAGCACCAAUGAGCUGACCCAUCCAGGCCCGGGACAGACUACUAGCCCUGAAGGACAGCUUGGGACGCAAGGAUGACAUCAGGGUCGUGAGUGUAGGAGCUCCAUCCCUGCGACCCCUAUGUUACUUCCUCCAGGCAGAGUGGGACGGACUGGUUGUGGUUUCCUACCUGCGCUCUGAGCUCAACCUGCCCAUGCGAAACAGCAAGCCUCUCUCCUGACCGCCUCAAGCCUGUUCCGCCGAGAGCAGAGCUGCUGAAGGCGUACCUAUGUGAUGAGGUCCAACCAAUGCCUACUGCCUGUCUGCCUUCUCCAAGGCCAGGGCCUUUGUGUGUGUUAAUCAGGGAGGCUGCCCAUGCCAAGCAGAGGGACAUCAGAAACAUCUCUCUGCAUUUCCAGGUGCUGAAACAACCCCAGCCUCUCUUCCCCUGAGCUGUGUGUUCUAGGAUUGAGAGGGGCACUGUGGGAUACAAGGCCUUGGAGCACUGCAGGACACGCUCUCUCCAGCCCUGCCUGCUCCCCCUCCUCUGGGUCAGAGCACGGGGAGCACACGCUCUCUCCAUCCCUGCCUGCUCCCCCUCCUCUGGGUCAGAGCACGGGUGAGGAACACAGACACUGUCCGAGCCCCAGACAGCCCCCCCCUGCAACGCCUCCUCCCUGCCCCCUCUAUCUGGAUGGAGAGCAUGGGUAUAGAAGAUACUGGGAACUGGCUGAGAAUAACAUUAUCACCCGUGUUCCCCUAGUGGCCAAUCUAGAUCCUGUGCCAUGUACACUGAGACGAGUGAGGCCUGCGAAUACCCUUUGAAACUAGACUGCAGAAUGCAAUGCUGCGAUUAUGUUGAAGCACUUCUAGACAGAGAAGGUUUUUAAUAAAAAAUAUACCAAUGACGUCAA